AAGUAGCCUGAAAUAAUUGUUUAACAUUUUUGUUGAAAUAAAAAUCGCACUUCAGAGAAGCAGAAGCUAAUCCAUUUCAGAUUCUUACUUUUUUGCUCUUAGAUUUGGCUUACAAUUAAGCUUUUUCCCCCCACAAUCAUCGCCAUUGCUGUUGGCCAACUUAUAUGUAUAUUUUGUUUGUAUUUUUUGUGAUAUGUUUAGGGUUAUGAAUGGAUGGUAAUAAGCAUCAAGGUGGUGAAGUAAGUAUGAUGGAGAAGAAAAGAGAAGUGGUGGUGGCAAUUUCAAAUGUAGGUGGAGAGAACCAUGAUCAUGAUCAUGAGCAUGAACAUGAACAUGAACAUAACCAUGAUCAUGAGUUGAAAGGGUUUGAAUCUUCACCUCACUUUGUUUCAAAGUCUCCACCUUUUAACUCUGCUUCCCCUGAGAUAAGAUUCAUUCCAAGUCCAAAUAAACCCCCAAAAAUUCCCAGUACAAAUGCCAACCUUACAACAAGAAAAUCACUUGCAAGAUCAAUGUAUUCUAAGCCCAAAUCAAGGUUUGGUGAACAACCUUACCCCAAUGAUGGAACCAUUUUAGAAGAGAGUGUUACUUGUUCAACUUUGCAAGAACAAUUAGCUUUUAGUUCACCUUAUAGGAACUCAUUCAAUAAAGCAUCACAGUCGCCUAAUAACAAAUCUGGAACGGUUAAUAGAACCGUUUCAAUUACUUCGGUCGUCACUCCCAAAACACCUUUGAUGGCGUCUCCGGGUCCUGCUGGUGAGGAUCCUGAUGAAAUCAUUUACAGGAAAGUUGAAUUUAGUAAAGGCAAGCGUAAGAGACUAAAGACUAAGGUUUUGAUUGAAUUGUUCAUGUUUGCAUUCAUUACAAGUAGCUUGCUUGCUAGCUUAACUGUUGCAGAACUGAAAAGGACAAAGAUUUGGAGUUUGGGGCUUUGGAGGUGGUGUAUGCUUGUGAUGGUGACCUUUUGUGGCAUGUUGGUUACCAAAUGGUUCAUGCACAUUGUCGUUUUCUUGAUUGAAAUGAACUUCUUGUUGAAGAAAAAGGUUCUUUAUUUUGUCCAUGGGCUUAAGAAAUGUGUCCAAGUCUUCAUUUGGAUUAGUUCGGUUCUCCUCACAUGGGUGCUUUUUAUCAAUCGCGGGGUCCAACGAUCGAAAUUGGCCUCAAAGAUUUUGGAUGGUGUAACCUGGACUCUUGUUUCCCUUCUCAUUGGAGGAUUUUUAUGGGUCAUAAAGACAUUGUUGCUAAAGAUUUUGGCAUCGAAUUUCCACGUCAAAUCUUUCUUUGAUCGAAUUCAAGAAUCGAUAUUCCAUCAGUAUCUUCUGCAGACACUCUCUGGGCCUCCUCUUAUGGAAGAGGCCGAGAAGUUUGGGCGAUCUCAAAGUAUCAGCCAUUUUAGUUUCAGGAGUACAACCGGUAAAGGCAGCACAAAGAAAGAGGUUAUUGAUAUGGCAAAGCUUCACAAAAUGAAGCAAGAGAAAGUUUCCGCGUGGACCAUGAAGAUUUUGGUAGAUGCAGUGAUGAAUUCAAGGCUGUCCACAAUCUCUAAUUCACUAGAUGAAAGUUUUUAUGAUGGAGAACCUGAACAAACUGAUAAAGAAAUUACUAAUGAGAUGGAAGCAACUGCUGCUGCAUAUUACAUUUUCAGGAACGUUGCUGCUUCCCCGAGUUGCACAGACAUCGACGAAGAUGAACUCCGUAGGUUCUUGAUUAAGGAAGAAGUGCCUUUUGUGUUUCCCCUACUGGCUCAAUCAGAGACAGGGCUAAUUACCAGAAAAUCUUUAGCUGAUUGGGUGUUGAAGGUAUAUCAAGAACGUAAAGCACUUGCACAUGCGUUGAGCGACACAAAAACGGCUGUAAAACAGUUAAACAAGCUUGUGACAGGGGUCAUAGUAGUGGUGACCAUAGUAGUCUGGCUUCUUCUAAUGGAGAUUGCAACAACAAAAGUACUUGUAUUCCUUUCGUCGCAGCUAGUACUUGCAGCUUUCAUGUUCGGAAACACGUGCAAGAAUAUAUUUGAAGCCAUCAUCUUCGUGUUUGUAAUGCAUCCAUUCGAUGUUGGCGAUCGAUGUGUUAUAGAUGGUGUUGAGCUAUUGGUUGAAGAAAUGAAUAUACUGACAACAGUAUUCUUGAAGCUUAAUAAUGAAAAGGUGUACUAUCCUAAUUCUGUUCUGGCCACGAAACCGAUUAGCAAUUACUACAGAAGCCCGAAUAUGGUUGACAACGUACAUUUUUCGAUUGAUUUUACGACACCAGCUGAGAAAAUUGGGGCACUGAAAGAAAAAGUUAAGAGGUAUUUGGAGAGGAAUCCGCAAUACUGGUAUCCGAAUUUCGGGUUGGUAGUGAAUGAGAUUGAAAAUGUAAAUAAGAUUAAGAUGGGUCUUUUUGUUACUCACACUAUGAACUUUCAAGAGUUUGGGGAGAAGACCAAGAGGAGAAGUGAACUGGUGAUGGAAGUAAAGAAAAUAUUUGAAGAACUCAAUAUCAGAUACAACCUUAUUCCGCAAGGUGUUCAUGUCAGACACAUGGAACAUGAUUCAAAUUUACUCAAGUGAUGAUUCUUAUUCACUGCUAUGCAAUUGCAUGUAUGUGCUCCUCCAGUUUCUUUGGUCUGCCAAAUACCAUCAGUUCUUUUCUUUGGUUGAUUUAAUUCAUGUAUCUUGAUUGUUGGGAGUGGUUUUAUAGUGAAAGUACAGGUUUUAGUAGACAGUGUUAACAAUAUUUUUACAUCUGAUUAUUUCAUUAUGUAUUACUUCUGAUAUUUGUUGUAUGGAGGUUUUGUGCCCCUUUUUAUUCUAGCAUUUAGUAUAUGUAAAUACACAUUUUUUUCUUUUAAUUCCUGUAAAAAUAUGUUUUUGUUUUU